AUUUGAAUUCCCUCUAACAUUAUAGUUCAAUAAGAUUGCAUUUGUUUUAAAGAGUAGAUGAAAAAAAUACACCGCCGAAUCAAUUCAUUCAUUAUUGUAAAAGGGAGUCGACCAAAUAUUAUAUAUCUUUCUGUCUCUCUUUCUAUCUUUCUCUCUCUCUCUUUUUCGACAGAUCACUUUAUUCAUCUCAGAGGGAAAUUCACGUAUUACUGCAGCACAGAGAGAAGUAUACUUAAAGAAACUGAAGUGCGCUCAGUAGAUGGCAGCAUUAGCUGUUUUGAUGAAAGCAGACGUUACAGGAAGAAGAGUUAGAGCUACCCUGUGUGUUGUUUUGAAAGAAAAAAAAGGCGGAUAUGUUCUCUAAUGAAAGCUUUCUGGGUUUAGUUUAGACUACCUGGACUCAUGAAACUUCAUAAACUCAGCAGUAAUUCCUGACAAAUGUGUUGACCAAACGAUGGCUGCCAGUACUGAACAGAUAGACACAUCGCUCCCUCCUGGAUGGACGAGAGAGACAAGACAACGAAAGCAGGGCAAGACAGCAGGCAAAAUGGACACUUACAUUGUCAGUCCUCAGGGUAAACGCUUCAGGUCCAAAGCAGAACUCCAGAAGUACCUGCUUACUGAGGAAUGUGUCCAUCUGGAUCUGGACGCUUUUGACUUCACGACAAAAAUCAAAGCACAGUCUCAAAAAUCCAACUCUGAAAAGCCACAACAAAAAAAAAGAAAAACAGGAAGGAGAAAAGCACAACAGACAAAUCAAACUGCAGAAAAUCAUCCUGGGGCAGCUGUGGGAGAAAUGCAAAACAUAGAGAUAGAGACACAGGUGGAGGAGAAGAACAGUACGGAAGCCCAGGUGCAGAAAAUAAAGAGUGACGAAGAAGAACAAACAGACGUCAAGGGCAAAAUAGUGGAAGCAUCCAGCAGUGUUGGAGAAAACGGACUGGCCGCUGUGCCUGCCAUAAGUGUGCAUGCAGCAUCGGAGAGCGAAGGAGAGGAUAAAGCAGAGGAGGAGAAAGAAGAAAGCGAUGAAGUGAGUGACAGCCAAAAAAGUAACUCGGGGAUUGGCUCAACUGUCAGAAACACACAAAAUGGGACAAACUUACGUUCACAGAAGCGGAGAACCAGUCCAUACUUUAAAAGGAAGAAUGAUGGUCUCAGUCCUCCAAAGCGUAAAGCGUUCAGGAAGUGGACUCCACCACGUUCCCCCUUCAAUCUGGUACAAGAAACCUUGUUUCAUGACCCAUGGAAGCUUCUAGUGGCCACCAUCUUCCUCAACAGAACUAGCGGGAAAUUGGCAAUACCUGUGUUGUGGCAGUUUUUUGAGCGUUACCCAUCUGCUGAAGUAACGCGUGCCAGUGACUGGAAGCCACUUGCUGAUCUCAUGCAGCCGCUCGGUCUCAACUCUCUACGAGCCAAAACACUCAUCCGCUUCUCCGAUGAGUUCCUCACCAAAUCAUGGCGGUAUCCAUGUGAGCUCUAUGGCAUCGGCAAAUAUGGCAACGAUUCAUAUCGCAUAUUCUGUGUGGGAGACUGGAGAGAGGUCACCCCAGAAGACCACAAGCUGAACAAGUAUCACGCGUGGCUGUGGGAAAACCACAAGCAGUUAGGCAUCUGAUGUUUUGUGUUGGCUGGAGCCUCACAGGACUGUCUUCCUAACUUUCUUUUAACUUGCCAUAAUUUUAAAUCAGGCCAAGGGAGUAAAGCAAAGGCUACUUUUUUAGUAACUUCAGUGCUGUCUACUGCUGAGAAUUAAAAAAAAAAAGAAAA